AUCCACAUGGAUAUCCCUUCAUACUUUCUUCCAACACUGAUACUCUUCUUUACCUUCAUCUUCAUAUACACUUUACGCCGGAAAACCUCAUCCACCACCACCUGUAACCUUCCCCCUAGCCCUCCAUGGCUUCCGGUGAUCGGAAACCUUCAUCAAGUGCUUGGAAAAGACAUCCAUCGAACCCUGUGGGAUCUCUCCCAGAAAUACGGUCCGGUUAUGCUUCUUCACCUUGGUACCCAACCAUUUCUCGUCAUUUCCUCUACUGAAAUGGCCAGUCAGGUCCUAAAAACACACGAUCCGGAUAUGUGUACGCGACCGAUCUCUCAGGGUUCCAAGCGAUUAUCGUUCAACUACAUGGACGUUGCCUUCUCGCCUCACAGCGAUCAUUGGAGGGAAAUGCGAAAGGUUUUGGUAUCCGAGUUCUUGGGUGCUAAAAGGAGUAGAAUGUUUAAAAAGGUAAUGGAGAUAGAGAUGGAGAGUCUGGUUCGUUCUCUUUCUGCAAACACCAUUGUUAACCUAGAUGACAAGCUUUUACAUCUGGUAGAUGAUGUUGUUUGUAAGGUUGCAUUAGGUAAGAGCUAUAGAGAUGAGAUGUUUAAUGGUAAAACAACGAAAGAGAUAGUUGAUGAAACUGUAGUCAUGCUCAGUGGUUCGUUUUCGGAUAUUUUUCCGACGUUUGGGUGGAUUUUGGAUAAAUUAAGUGGGUGGAAUCGAAGGUUGGAGAAGUGUUUUAGUGAUUUUGAUGGGUUUCUGCAAAUGGUUCUUGAUGAACAUCUUGAUCAGAAUGCCAGAAAAGAUAGCGAUCAUGAAAAUGAUCUUGUUGAUGACUGUAUUUCUCGGCUGACUGCUGAUGAAAUGAAGGGACUUCUGAUGAAUGUGCUUAACGGAGCAAUCGACACAAGUGCUGUAACCAUGGUGUGGGCAAUGUCCGAGAUCAUUAAAAAUCCCCGAAUAAUGCAAAAGCUGCAAAACGAAAUUCGAAGCUGUGUUGGAAGAAAAUCGAGAGUGGAUGAAUCAGAUAUCACGAAGAUGAGAUACUUGAAGAUGGUAGUGAAGGAGACGCUACGAUUGCACCCUCCUCCUCCAUUUUUGAUCACACGGGAAUGCGUAAGCCGGUGUCAGAUCGGUGGAUACGAUGUGUUCCCCGGGACAAAAGUGAUGAUCAAUUCUUGGGCGAUCGGAAGGGACCCAAGAAUCUGGAAAGAGAACCCAACGGAGUUUCAUCCAGAGCGGUUUGAAGAAAUUCAGGUCGAUUUCGGAGGGAAGCAUUUUGAGAUGGUGCCGUUUGGAGGGGGCCGAAGAGCGUGUCCAGGGUAUAAUUCGGCUGUUUCGACCGUAGAGUUUACGMUUGCAAACCUUCUUUACUUGUUCGAUUGGGAAACAGUAAAGAAGGGAGAUUUGGACAUGGAAGAGGAAGGAUUCCAACUUAUUCGUAGGAAAACACCACUUUGCCUCGUGCCCAUAAAGUACAAUGGCCAACAACAAUAAUGCUUUCCUUUCUCUAGACUUCAAAAUUAAAUAAGGUUUAGUUUAAUUAAUUAACGAUGUAUUUUGAGACUAUUUCCUUCCACGUUUCGUUUGACUUUUCUUGAAUGAAUGAUUGG